CCAUCGAAGAUCAGCAAUCAGCUUCCAGGGCUCGCCUCUCCUUGUAGCAACGUGUUCAAACCUUUGACCAUUCGAUGUCCUUAAAAGAAGACCGAAGAAACCGAUCCUGGACCAGCCAUUUGCUAGCAGCACUCUUUCGUCCAUUCAUGCCAGAGGCAGCUCCUCCUGAACUCCCCCACCUGCUGUUCCACAGUGGCCCUAGGCCGGGUGGUAGUGUGCCAGUCACAAAUUGGUACUUAUGGAUGUUGCAUGAUAGGCCCGAUAAUCGCUACCUCAUGUGUUUGCUCACUCACAUUGAUUACUGUAAAUGCAUUGAUGGUGCCGAGCAUGAAUUUCUUUUAUUAUAUUUCAGACAUUUGACUUCCUCGGCCGAGGCUGUCGUAUGCGCCGACCGCACUGUGGAGCGAGGCAAUGGCUCUACAUCAGAAAUCAUCUCUCCCUCUCCCUCAUCAAAACAAACUGCUGCAUCUGACCAUGCACUUCUUCUCGGUUCACCUAACGAUGCAAUAAGACACCUCCGUGAUAAACCUGGGCGCUACAAGAAGCUCUGCACGCUCACGUUUUCUCCAUCUUCCGCACCUUCAGUGCUCCACGUGGCCGCUAUUCUAUGCCUCGUUCAUCGACAAGCCCCUGCUUACAACUUGUAUGAGAAGCAGUGCUUCUGGUACGCGGAUUCCGUGUGGAUGAGCUUGAAGAAUAUUUUCCCGCAAAAUCAAGAAUCAUGCAAAGAUCACAAUGCACGUACUCAUUACUGUGGAGUCGCAAUAUCAGGACCGUCAUCUGCAACUGUUGAGGCUGUCUGUGCAGCUUAUCCGCCAGAGUGGCAGAAGACAAUGGAUAAGCUCGCGCAGCUAAAGCAGUGCUGCGAAGCGGAACUAGCACAGAGUCGACAAGAAGGUUUCGCGGAAGCAGAGCAAGCUGCAGAGGAGCGGGUUCGCCGAGUACAGGAAGCUGCAGAUGAGCGGGUUCGCCGAGUACAGGAAGCUGCAGAUGAGCGGGUUCGUCGAGUAGAGGAUGAGGACAGUUAUCGGGAGGAUAGCUCGUCCAAGAGUAGCGAUGAGUCGGCCGAUGAAUACAUCCCUCCACGCAAGCGCCAGCGUCUUCAAGCCAACUCGUCCUCGCGUGUCCUCCGCUCCUCCAAGGGAGUGCAGACAAAUAAUUGA